GGAAGAUUCGAGUCGAGAAAAUGACACUUGUAAGAAACGGAAGAUUCGGCGGCCAGACGGUGGUCCCACGACCGUGUGCUCUCCCACCUCAUCUGUCGCUGGUCGACGGAGUUAAAACGCUGUUGUCGGCCCUUGUCGCGGUCACGUUUCGUGCGACCACGCCGCUCGCCACCGCAACCAUCUCCGUGGCCGCCCUGGUUGCCGUAUUCUCCUCUUUGAUAUCGUCGUCGUCGUCGUCGGCAUCGGCAGCGCUCCUGGGUAUCCAGUUGGCCGACCACGCCAGGGCUUCGAACCUCCGUAAGACCCCCGCAAGCGACAGCAACAGUGUCGGCAGUGACGUCGAUGGCGGCGAGGAUGAGGAAAAUGCAGCGUCGGGUAAACUGAAAAACUUUUAUUCGUUCACUGCCAAAGAUAUUAAUGGUGAUACGGUACAUCUCUCGAAAUAUAAAGGAAAGGUGAGCCUUGUGGUGAAUGUUGCCAGUGAAUGCGGUUACACUCACAGGAAUUAUGAAGCCCUCGUGCAAAUGCAGAGAACCUUUGGAACCAUGAAAUUCACGGUGUUAGCUUUCCCUUGUAACCAGUUUGGAGAACAAGAACCAGGGGAGGACUGGGAAAUCGAAAGUUUUGCCGAGAAACUCUAUAACAUCAACUUUCCCAUCUUUUCAAAAAUCGACGUCAAAGGACCAAAUGCUGCCAACUUCUGGAAGUACCUCACAAAAUCCACCAGCAAGGAACCAAACUGGAAUUUCUGGAAAUAUCUCGUCGAUACUAAUGGCAUUGUGAUUAAGGUAUGGAGCCAAAAGACCUCAUUCAGUGAAAUAUACCGAACUGUUCAAGAUGUGAUUGAAGGAAAAUACAAACCAAAACAUAUUGUUCACACAGACUUAUAAUGGAAUAAACCUACCUGACACCCCCUUAUUCAUAUUAACACAAA